ACUAUGGAGAAGGGCAGCGAGUAACCCCAAUUACCCCCAAAACCCUCCAUUGGAUUCGAUCAAGAUUCAAGGUCUGAGAACUCUCGUCUCGACUUCGAGCUCGCAGAUUGCAGAGAAGACAUGGCGUCGAGGAGAGGAGCGGGCAGCAGCGAAGCGUCGCGGUCGUCGGAGUUGGAGAAGAUGAGUGUGGAUCAACUCAGAGCCCUCAAGGAACAGACCGAUCUCGAAGUCAAUCUCCUUCACGAGAGCCUCAACAACAUUCGCACCGCCUCUACUCGCCUCGACGCUGCCUUCGCUGCCCUUCACGACCUCUCCCUCCGUCCACAAGGCAAGCAGAUGUUGGUGCCUCUUACGGCGUCGCUUUAUGUUGCUGGUAGGCUCGAUGAUGCCAAUAAGGUCUUGGUGGAUGUCGGCACUGGAUACUUCGUUGAGAAAACGAUGGCAGAAGGAAAGGAUUAUUGUGAUCGUAAGAUCAAAUUGCUGAAGUCGAAUUAUGAUCAACUAGUCGAGGUUGCUACUAGAAAGAAAAUUAUAGCAGAGGAAGCUGCGGCAGCCUUACUAGAAAAACGGAAGCAGAUGGCUGCUGCUCCUGCAACAUAGGGUAAUAUUCUGUCACCAUGUAAUAUGUUUUGAAGGCAUUGAUUGGUUAACGCAACCUCGAAGACAUUCAAAAUACCAAAAUUUUUAUAGGGUAGACAUUCACUGGAUGGUUGGAAAUUCCAUUUGUUGUGUGGUGACUGGUGAGGGGAGGAGGAUUUUAUAGGAAAUUAGAAUCUGUAGAAGGAAGAUUUAACGCCUCUGAUUCUCAAUCCAUGGAUAUAAAUAUUGUGCAUUUGUCAGCAUCAUAGAUUCCAGUCUUAGCCUGUCUGCCACAUGAAUUGGUUUUUAAAGAAUUUUGCCCUAUGGACGUUCUUAGGUAGAGAAGUAUUUUUUUAGGAUAUCUCAAGAUUUAUUCUCAUUAAAAUAUUUCGAUAAA